AUGGCUGCUUCUCCCGCUGCAACCCGGUCCGUGGGGAAGGGCAAAGAGGGGCGGAAAAGAGGCGGAGCGGGCGGAGCGCCAGAAGCGCGGGGAGGCGGGGGAACAGCGGACGACGGGCUCGAGGGGGAGAAAAUUGGCGCAAGGGGUGGUGCGGGGGAGGGGGGAGUGGCGGAUAGUGGGCGGAAGGAGGAAGCGGCAGAUGGCGCGCCGCGGAAGGAGGCAGAGGCGGAAGGGGCGCGGAAAGAUGCGGCGGGAGGGGAGGCGGGGCGGAGUGACGUGGAUCGGAACACGGUGUUCGUGCGCAAUGUCUCGUUUAAAGCCACACAGAGCGAUGUGGGUGUCUUUCCUACUGUGCCGAAUGCAUCUCUUAGCGCAGACGAAUUCUUUCCAGCGUUUCUCACAGGGGAUGGGAUUUUAAAG